AAACGGUGCAAAUAAUAUAAAUAGCCGGCAUCUGACGAGAGUUAAAUUAAGUAAGCACGCGUACCCGAACUCAACAUGGAUUACGACUUCUCAAACAAAGUAGUGUUAGUAACUGGCGCGAGUGCCGGUAUAGGAGAGUCCACCGCUCUCCUGUUCGCUAAACUUGGCGCGAAGCUGUCGCUGGUGGGAAGAAAUGAAGCUAACUUGCGAGCAGUCGCGGCCGAGUGUGAGAAGCAGAAGGGCGUGAAGCCGCUGGCGAUCGUCGCGGACCUGGGGACUGAUGAGGGGAUCCAGAAGACUGCCAAGGAGACCCUUGAACAUUUUAAGAGGCUGGACGUGUUGGUGAACAACGCCGCCAUCGGUGCCCGCACUAGCAUCCUGCACGAGACAGACAUGAAGAUCUUCGACGACGUGUUCAGGAUCGACGUGCGCGGCGUGUACCUGCUCACCAAGCUGCUGGUGCCAGCCCUCAUCGAGGCCAAGGGAAAUAUAAUCAAUAUUUCUAGUAUAUCAGCUACUGUAGUUGCCGUGGGCUCCUUGCCUUAUGGCAUGGCUAAGGCUGCACUGGACCACUUCACUCGCCUUGUGUCACUGGAGCUUGCCCCAAAAGGUGUUAGAGUCAAUUCGGUCAGCCCGGGAAUCACUGUGUCAAACUUCGUGAAGCGUAUAACAGGCUCUACUGAUGAGCAGUACAAAAGUUGGUUGGGUGAAGUCAGUAAACAAAUUCCUUUGGGAGAGCCGUGUGUGGGAGACGACAUCGCCAGGAUGGUCGUGCACAUCGCCAGCGAGCACAGCAGGCUGGUCACAGGGACCGUCGUGGAGGUGGACGGCGCACUGCGGUUCAACACCACGUCACCACCAAGCAAAUAA